GUUAACACGCACAGGUUCACACCCAUCCUCGACAAUACACUUUAGAGCUCCGGUGUCGCGGGAAACUGAUAGGACGGUCUUCUUCAGGAGUCAGUUCCACAGUGUAGUGAAUCGAUGCGAAUGGCUCGUGACUCAGAAACUUUAGAAAUAAUCGAAUAGAACGAAAAGUGAUGUGCUUCUGGAACUGAAUAGGGUGGCCGAAUUUGUUUCUAAUUCGCGAGAUCGUACAGUCGAACCUAAAGGACAAGAAGAUACGUUAAUCAUUACAGCACGAUAAAGAUUUGCGAACGUUCAUCGGGAAUACAGGUUAAUCGUUUUACGGUGAAAUCCUCUUUUGAUCCUGCGUGAUCGAGAUGUCGCAAGUAUCCUCCACCGAGGGAGGCAUAGAAUGAAGAUGAUGUAGACAACAAACGAGAGGCGAGAGGCAGAAUCACGUAGAAACGACGGCCUGUAAAGCAACAGUGCUCUCUUGUGUAAUGAAAUUCCAUCAUAGGAAGUGCAUUUGAUUGGGACCUACCGUCGACGAAAGUGAGGAGAAGUUAGCAUGAGGAUAGCCCGUGUUAGUCCGGUCUCGACGAAUCGAGGCUCCUUCGCGGUUCCCGAAUACCACCCGAAUAGACCCAUGCAGUUAAGGAUGCGAGCAGUCAGGAUGACCGAAGCAAGCGAGGAGUCGUGUUCAGUGAAAGCUCUAAUCGAUAAGCUAGGACUCGAGGGAUUCUGAAUUUGUUGAUCGUUCGAGAAGCGAGUCUUCGUUGCAAGGAUGUAGGGGGGCCCAUACUCGGGGCCCCAGUGAGGGUUUCCUCCAAGGACUCUUCCGAAUCGCUCAUAUUAACCAAAACUAAAAGGAACGUUAAAAGAAGCUUCAUUACGAAUCCCUCGUACUCGUAUUAAAAUAUAUAAAGAGAAAUAUAUAAAAAAGAACGAUAUUAUUCCUCCUGUGAUUUUUCGAGUUUGCAGCAGACCCUGCCAAAAGUAUAUUACCAACGUACUUAAUCAAGAGGAACGAUCGGAUAACGCUACGUGUUCGUUAGCAACGUUUUUUAAAGAAAUAUCCGCCGCUAGUUCUCUUGUCGUUUUAGUCAUUUAAUCGGUGUACGUAAAUAUAACAACCUUAGAUAAUUGUUAGUGAAGUUGAAAGUUCCCGGGGCGGCUCGACAAUUCCAUCGGUUCGAAUCAGCCGAGCGAAAACUGUGUCAAACCCGUCGUCGAAAAAUUUUGGCUCCAGUCUUAAAACCUGAAAAACAGAGAAAAAUAGAGAAGCAAAAAAAAAAAAAAGAAGGAAAUAGAAUCGAAAGAGAGGAAGAAGAAGAUAGAAUGCGUUUACGUGUAGGAAAACGUGGAUGUUGUUAGUAGUAUAUGUAGAUGGUGAUAUACCGAUGGAUAUAUAAAAUGAGAUGCGAAGAUGCAAGAGGAAACGAAAAGAAUGGGACGCGGUAACGACGUUAAUAUCGGCGAAUCGUUUUUUCGGUGAUGAUAGGGCGGCUGCGCCUAUCAUCGACUUUAAUCAAGCAUGUCGCGUCAAGAUUCGCCUGAAGCAUCGUUCUCUCCUGGUAAUGGAGUAGACCAGUGUCUAUCGUUGAAGCCAGGAGAAAUGAUCGAUCUAGGGGGAUAUAUUAUCAUAUUGAUCAAAGAGAAUAACAAGAUCAAACUGUACGGUUCUCCGGCCAACAACAGGGACACAUUGGAAGCGGUCGACGAAAUUUUAGAAGUUAACGGUAGCAGGCUGGAAAAUUCCAGUCAAUCAGAAAUUAUUCAAUACAUAUGUCAGUGCGUCAGCUCACGAACGAUAUGUCUGCGAGUGCGGAAGAAAAGGGGAAAGGACAAGGAUACGGGUGACGCGAAACAGACGCGGUUAAUCGUUUCAUUAUCGUUGGACCGCGGAUUCUUACUCAUCUACGAUACUAAUGCGUAUUACGUAGUGCCGGACGAGUUCAGCUCUGGUCUGGUGCAGGAAGCUUGGGUCAUCGCCAUCGAAAGGCGUGCAAAGGAACGAUUUAAGCGGCUCACGUCUCACUGGAGGUUCCAGCCGUGCGAUAUUCUGGACAAAGAGAUCAACGAGGCAGUCGCGUCCACGAGCGGGGACAGCGCGAGCAAAAAUGUGACGGGCAACCAAAUUACCGUGACGCGUGUCGACAAGGAACAGAUCACGAACGUCUUCACUCCUAAGCUAAGCAACGGUACCAUACCUAAGGGCAUAGUGAAAGAGACGAAAGAAGCGAAGGAAGGGAAGGACGCGGCCGAGAAACAGCGGACCUAUCCAGAGGAAACGAAGCUUUUAACACCGGCGCAAGGCGGAAGAGUCGGUGAACGACGUGCCAGCAGUCCUUUCCAAAAUGGUCAGACAGAAGUCCUGAUCGGGGAGCUGGAGGGCGGCCCAAGGUCGCCGAGGGGAUCCACGUCUUCGGCAGUGAACGACGCCAAUUUCCUCAAUACACCGGAUGAACGUGACGAUCAGAAGCCCAUUUACAGGUCCCGAAGGCGUAGCGGCAGUGGCGUGACGGACUCGCAGCAGCAACAGCAGCAGCAGCAGAAGCCGCAGGAAGGGCUGGGUCCCGAUGAGAUGUGGGCUCCUGGCGGGCUAGGGCCUCACCGGGAGCUACCAGUCGACGUACCCGACACCCUUCUACAGAAGGCCUAUCCCAACAAGACCGGUUUGAACGGGGUGAAACCUGCCAUCCCCCCGAGAGAUCAAAAGAGGGCACCUGCCAGACCGCCGAAAGAUAAUCUACGUUUGUCCACGCAGAACAAUAAUGUGGAGAGCACCGAUAACGCGAAUGCCGAGCCCACGCAACAGCAACUGCAUUCCAUCAGGAAAUAUCAGGAACAGCUGCGGAAACGAAAGGAUGAAGAGGAGAGACAGGAGAUACUCAAUCGGUCGCUACGCGGCUCUACCAAGUUGCACGCGUUGGAAAGCCACGCGACCAGUCUCUCGGGUCAGGAAAACCUCGCGUACGCCCAAGACGAGGUGACCACCACCACCACUGUCAGCCGCGCACCGCAUGUCACCGCGAGCGCCACGCUAGAAGUCGAGGAGCCUCCCAGGCCCCUCACGUACGGAGAGGUCGUCGCGACGCUGGAGAGGCUACAGCUUCAGUUGCGCAAUAUUUCCGGUGCUCUAGGCAUUUCGGGACCCGGCGUGGAAGCGGAACUCGAAGCGGUACGGACGCUUCUGGUGCAAAGUCAAUUCGCAUCUGCCCUCGCCACCCAUCACGUCCUCAGAAAUCGCUUAAGAUCCAGCAAAGUUCUCAAACAUCACGCUGAAGACGCUUCCAGUUUGGCUCGCGACUGUGUAGACAUACUGGAGAAAUGGCAGUCGUCGUCGACGGCAACAGGUGUCGGCGGAGCGGAAACUAUCGCCGCCGUGGAGGAGCUGACCGGAAUUUUGACGAGCUACGAUAUGGAAGCUCUUCUACUCGCUCACGACUCGAUCAUCUCUUACGUCGACGGAUUACAAAGGAAACAGAGUCCUUCGUCCUCGUCGCCGAGCGGUCCACCGAGCCCUACCUCUAGCUGGAGAGGCUCCCGGGUCGUGGACAACAUUAAAAUUAUCAGAAUCGACAAAACUAACGAACCAUUAGGUGCUACGGUUAAGAACGAGGGUGACGCUGUUAUAAUAGGUCGUGUUGUACGCGGAGGAGCGGCACACAAGUCUGGACUCCUACACGAAGGCGAUGAAGUUCUGGAAGUAAAUGGCGUGGAAAUGCGUGGCAAGACCGUGAACGAGGUGUGCGAUAUUCUAGCCGGUAUGCAGGGUGGUCUGACUUUCCUCGUGCUCCCGGCGCCCACGAGUCACAGGAACAAUCUAUCAAGUAGAAGGGAAGACACAAAUCAGAUACAACACAUACGAGCCCACUUCGACUAUGAUCCCGAAGAAGAUCCUUACAUACCGUGCCGAGAACUGGGUGUCAGUUUCCAAAAGGGUGACGUGUUACACGUGAUCUCUCAAGAGGAUGCUAACUGGUGGCAGGCGUAUAGAGAGGGUGAAGAGGAUCAGACUUUGGCUGGUCUGAUACCCAGCAAAGCCUUCCAACACCAGCGAGAAUCCAUGAAACAGUCCAUCGCCGGAGACAAAUCGACCGCACGCGACUCUAAGAAAUCCAGUACGUUGUUGUGCGCCAGAAAGAAUCCAAAGAAAAAGAAACGAAACAAGUUCGGGGCGAAUUACAACGACGACGGGUAUCCGCAUUACGCAACGACUGCCAUCGACGAUUAUGACAGCGAGGAGGUGCUUACGUACGAGGAAGUCGCGUUGUACUAUCCAAGGGCGAAUCACAAAAGACCGGUAGUCCUAAUAGGGCCACCAAAUAUUGGACGACACGAGCUGAGACAGAGGCUGAUGCAAGACAGCGAGCGUUUCGCAGCGGCAAUUCCUCACACGAGUCGUCCCAGGAAGGAUUCGGAAGUAGACGGCCAGGACUACCACUUCAUUUCUCGUUCUCAAUUCGAGUCCGAUAUUCUCUGUCGAAAGUUCGUCGAGCACGGCGAAUACGAGAAAGCUUAUUACGGUACCUCCGUGGAGGCUAUACGAUCCGUUGUAAAUUCCGGUAAAAUUUGUGUUCUUAAUCUCCAUCCGCAAAGCCUGAAGAUCCUUCGAAAUUCGGAUUUGAAACCGUACGUGGUGUUCGUGGCGCCGCCGAGUUUGGAGAAGCUACGACAGAAGAGGAUCAAGAAUAACGAGAGCUUCAAGGAAGAGGAAUUAAAGGACAUUAUAGAGAAAGCGCGGGAAAUGGAGGACAAAUACGGUCAUCUGUUUGAUAUGAUCAUUAUAAAUACGGACACGGACCGAGCGUACAAUCAGCUGCUGACGGAGAUCAAUUCACUGGAACGGGAGCCUCAAUGGGUGCCUGCGUCUUGGGUUCAAUAAAUUUGGAACAGAGGCUUUCGGGAUACCAUCGAGCCAGAUAUAUUUUCGCUGAAACGCGUAGCGAAAAGCUAGGCAAUUGAGAGAGGCGGCUUUAAAGUCUGACUGGAGAUACUUCCAAGGACUGGUUCUUUUACUGGUGCCUGUUAUACAAUUUUACGUUUCGUACACGCGCGUAAUUAAACUCCUUGCCAGGCUAUCGUACUUCAAGUACCGCUGGUUUGGUGUAGUCUUCCGUGUCGUAUAUGGUGCCAUCUGAUAUUCGAAGAUCGUCGCGUCAGCAAGCAUUUUAGAGGGCGUGGAAAAUCCCCGUCUCGUUGUGAUUUAUCGUUCCUCGAGCCUCGAGGUCUGGCGUCCACCCAGGAAACAGGCAACGAGAACAUCGAGAUCCUCGACUUUGAAUGUCGAAGGAUCCUCCGAUCGACUGGCGUGGCGCUUGUUUUUCAUCGUAACCGGCAAACACUCUAGGUUUCCUCGGCGUAAUUUGUACCGCGAGAUGCCCCGAGGGAAAAAUCGCUACUACUCCGCAUAAGAUAUUAUAUAAUAACGUUUUCCAAAGAUGUGUGAAUCUUGAAAGAGAUCGUCCUACUUCUUUCAAAAGUCACCAGAUAAUUCCCCAGGAUAAUACCGAGCCGCGAAGAAAAAAAAAAAGAGAAGCGAACCGGAACCGCGAAAAUCUUGGACGGCAGCAGCCUUUUCACUCCGCGAAAGAAUCGAAAGACUUUCACACUUGUUCGUAUCUUGCGCUGUCAGGAAUUUUCACGGCGAUCCUAUAGCAGGGAGGCGCGGUCUCUAGCGCAGAGUUUUUUAAGUCAAAAAGAAAUAUUUCGCAGGACUUUGCGAGUUGUUAAACGAUUAACGUAAAGACAAGAAAACAAAAAAAAAAAAAAAAAAACCACGUUUCCUCGUAUUUGUAAUUUCGUGUGAACUAGUAAUUCGAAGAAGGCGGAACUCAUAAACGUUUCAUCGUUCGCCCUAGGCACUUUCUCGUGUUUGUUUAGAGAAAAGAAUCAUAACUUUUAAUCCAAGUAGACAUCGUUAAUGCGAGUAUAGACAUAGGCUCGUGUGUGAACCAGCGUAAACAAAUUUUUAAGACACUUUCGAAUGAAACAGAAACUUCUAGGGUACUUCUUUCGUUUUCGUCCUCGAGCGACCAUUAGACCUUUCUUCUUUUUGUUUUCUAAUCCGACAUCGAUACUCCAUGUCAGCCACUGUUAUAUUUACCACCUACGUGCAUCCUCUAUAUCCUCGACUAGCAAUAACGCAAGAUGUUUUUCGAGUCGAAGAUCAUCGCUGAAAAUGAAACAUGGUUUCGUGGCUCCAAAGAAAAAAAAAAAAAAAAAAAAAAAAAAAAGAUAAAAUAAUAAAAAAAAAAAAGAAACCAAAAGAGUCAAGUGAGAAAAAAUUAAUAGAAAUCGCAUCGACGAUCGAUCGUUUUUAGUUCAGAGAGGAGAGAUUUUCCGAGGGUAGUUUAAUUUCGAUGUCGUAAACCCAGCUAGCAGCGAAAAAACAAUGUUUCCAAAUGAGAGAAACGCGAAAAAAAAGAGAUACUAAUUGCUACCUUUUUAGCUCACUAUUUAAACAAAAGAAAAUUAUGUUAAGAAAUCACGCACGAUGGUCGGAGUAAUUGUGCCAAGUGAUUGGGCCGCGUGUUAAGGAGGACACGAGAACUGAAAUGUGCCAAAAUAUUUGAGUCUCUUUAGAAGAGACUGGGAGAGGGAGAGAGAGUUUUGUUCAGGAAUGACGUAUUAUUAAAAGAGAAAGAAGGAGGAAAAUGUGAGAGGCAAAGAAAUACAAAGAGAGACAGAGAAGGAAGAAAGGACUUUGGAGAAACACGCUCAACGGCACUUUCGUAUCUGUCAUUAUAUUGAUUCUGUAAAUAUUUGUGCACUUGUAUAGAAAAAAAGAAAGAGAAGAUGAAUAAGAAGUUAUUAUCGUUAUUAUUAUUAAAUAUUAUAAUUAUAUUAAUUAUUAUUAUUAUUAUUACCAUUAAUUGCUUCGACUUUAUUCUUGUUAAUUGUCAUCGUAUUACCCGUAUUCUAUUUUCUCGAGCCAUUUUGAGACACAGGUCGUUUUAAAUGACGCGAACGAAGGUCAGUAACACGAUUGUAUUUUUUAAGUGCUAAUCAAAAAUCCCCGACGACAGCCUUUAUUUCUGUCUUUUUAUUUUUCGUCUUUUUUUUUUCCUUUUUUUAGCUGGAUCUGUGCUCGAGUAUGCGGCGUCGUUAAUGCGUUAUGCCCGACAAAUCAAUUAGGAUUUCCGUAGGUAAUGCGUUAACAGUGCACGCGAAAUGUACAGAAAGAGAGAGAGAGAGAAAGAGAGAGAGAGAGAGAAUGUGUGAGUUUGGAAUUUGUCCCUGUUCGAAGUGUGUGUACAUUAAUUACCGUUGCUCCCGAGUAUUUUUCUCGACAAUCCAACUUCAUUUUAUGUGUAAAAUAAACGUACAACAUCAAGGAGGAAAUUGUAUGUAUAGGUGCAUAUGUUUUGUAUAUACGUACGGUAUAUACGCACACAUGUAUGGAGAGAAUCGAACGAGAACCGAAUAUCAAAAAAACCGACCAUUGUUGUUAAUCUCGAGUCAGCUAUUUUUAUGCCUUUUCGUUUCAUCCAGCUGUUCUUCCUUCUCGAGCCCGUCAAACACGUAUGAAACAAACGGAAGACCGGAAGUCUGAAAUAGUCUGAAUAUACGAAGCGUUGCCUUA